UAACAAUUCUUUAUAUAUUGCUUUGAAAUUAAUAUAAAAAUUGUACGAAACAUGUCGACAUCUGAUUCUGAGUCGAGUACAGCAACAACAGCGGAAAAUAUUGAAUUGAACAGUCGGGAAUUCGAUUUAGAAGACGAAGAUCAAUCGUCAUCAAAUGCGCUCCGCAACACCGAUGGCGAUUUUGAGUAUGGCCAAGCUGAAGCGUAUGAAAACGAACCACUUGCAGAUGAAGAGUGGUUAGAAAACUAUAUUAGAGAGACAGAAGAAGAAAGACGCCAAACAGAAGAGCUCGAACGCAGAAUGCAAAAUGAAGUUCCUCUUGAUUCUUGGUGCAAUUGUGGUAACUGCCGUGUUCCUCUCUUGGUUAAUCCAAAAGAAUGUAGAUGCUGCCACGAAAUUGCCAAUUGCAUGAUUGAAAUGCAAGAUCAUAUGGUGGUAUCCGAAUUAGGAAGGCAGCCAAAAUGCAUAACAGAGCAUCCAGGAUUUGAUGCCAUUUGCCUCAAUCGAUGGGUAUUAAAUUUAGCUGCCAAUCUUUACCAAAGAGGAGAUGGAGUUAGAUAUCAUAAAGGAUUCUUGGAGCAAAGGUUUUUCGAGUUGUUGCAUAUAGACAAUUUACAAGAAUGGUACAUGGCAUUCUUCGAGACAAAAGAAUUCCACUUCCAGCUUGUGCUUACCAUGUUAUUCGAAAAACUUUUAAUUUAA